GCCAGAAACACGAUCUUUGUACAUCGAUCAUCCCACCCUGAGGCCUGACGCGUCGCACAUAGUACAGUCUUCAUACUACUAGCUCCCAUACGAAAUCGUGCUCACUUUUUGGUUGUUAUAGUCGUGUAUCGACGGGCAAUAGCUUACGAUAUUGAAUCUAAGUCUCAUUCACGAUGGCUCAUCGCUAUUACCAGGUGGGAGGUUAUGGCGUAAUGAACUGGAACACGAAACCAGAGGACCUUGCUAGGAUCAUGUGGCCUAAGGACGGUAGCGGACUCGAUCUUGUUUUCGGUGUGAAGCCAUCUGGAGCGACGUAUAUGUAUACUCCUGUCUCCAAAUUGCCGGAUGACGUGAGACAGCUCCGUACCCCCAAAACAACAUCGUCAACCGAGUUACUUUCACUCUCGCCUGUCCAUUUCUCGACCCUUCAAGAACUCGAGUCCUGUCUUUCACACUACGUGUCGAAGAACGGCAAGAAGGGGGACAACAGCAAAGCCAAUAAGGGCCUCGAUGCAACAUCCGGAAAUGAACCGACUGAUCUUGGUAAAGCCCGGGCUCUCUUUGAGAAGCAGAGACUAUUACUGCGAGGGUAUAUCGGAGACCUCACUAUGCCGUCCCAUUUUGCGCUUGACCCAUCUCCCGCGUUAAAGACCACACGAUUCAUCUCAUUGGCGUUCUCACUGUGGCAAAUGGAUAGUCGAGGCAUUGCGGAGAAGAAACUGAAUCCCAUCAUUCUUGAUCUUGGCUGGUCAGAAUUCACUAUUACCGCAUCGGUAGGGUCCUCUGGCGUACAAGUUGUUUCCAGCCAGCACGUCAUCAUCAGAGAGAACUCUACUCUCAAGAACCCUCAGUCCACGCAAUUUGCAUAUGGAGAGUCUCAGAAACUCUCAUUGACAGAGGCUGCUAACCAAUUUCAAACCUUUCUUUAUGGUGCUGGACAGAGGCCAACAGUCAUAUUCAUCCAUGACUUCCCUCAAUCUUAUCUCAAGGCUAGAGAUAUCCUGGACAAAGUUCUGGGUGUCCACACUGAAACAUGGCAUUCUGAUUUGGAGGCUCUGGACCCUCUUCUACAACCUAAUGUCAUGGGAAGUGCAUAUGGAUUCAAUCCAACUUCAAGCAGAGAGAAUGGAAGGACAUACUCUGGUUCUUAUUAUCAGGCUACAACUAUCUACCCAGCUUACAAUCCAAGAUCACCUGUACAUGCACAAGCUCAGCCUGAGAGGGCUUCUUAUCAUCUGGUUGAUUUAAGGACCAUGAUUAUCAAGGCUCUUAGGUCAGUUGUAUUGCAGGAUGAUACUGUUCUGAGUAAUGCCCAGUAUCUUGGGGUUCAAGGUUUACCAGCAAGGGGUGCAUGUGCAGGGAAUGAUGCUAGGGUACUUGGACUCAUGUGGUAUUCCAUGGCAUCUGAUGGUACUUUCAUGCAACAACAAGCCCAGCUAGCAUUUUCUCCACAGCUUGCAGAAGGAUCCACCCCUCAGCCUGAGCCACAAGGACCUUCUGGACAGCCUGGUGCUGAAGACUCAGAUUCAGAUGUAGACCCAAAUGACAUUAUACCCCAACAACCAAUGGGUCCAUCUGACACUGAUGGGCCAGGAAAGGAAAAGUGGAAGGAUCCCAUUGCUGCUGCUUUUGAUAACUCUGAUGAAGAUGAUGAGGAGGACAGUGACAGUGAUUGAGUUGCAUGUGAAUACAUCUUGGUCUUGGUUACUAUCUUGAAUUCUAAUCCUUAUAUACUUGUGCUAUAGGAAACCAACACCUAGAAUAUAUACCCAACAUGACAGCUGUAGCUGUAAGCAUAUCUCCAAUAUCCUGUAUACUCAUAUUACCCUUCAUAUCAAUGAACAUGCCCAGCUUGACAGUAUUCCAAUGAAACAUCAUUUCAUAGUUGGGUUUC